AUGGAGAUGCCUGCAUACAUUUUUUAAUGAUUUGAGAGUUAAAUGAUUUUUUUAUCUCUAAAGAAAAAUUAAAUCAUAUGUGUAAAACUUUCUUUUUAAAAGAAAUAAACGAAAUUUAAAAUCAUCUUUAAUCUAAAAACAUAGUGUUCAACGGUUAACAACUAUAUUUAUGAAAACGAUAUGUUCUUCCUGAGUCCUAUACUGGUUCGAUGAUCAAGGUAGAAAUUAUAUAAAUAGGAAAAUCGUUAUUCCUCGAGUAAUCUAGUGACAUAUUGUAGCAAAUAUGACGUCCGGUUUCAAAAGUAACACAGUUGCUGGUUUCUUAGUUUUGGCGCUAUGUCAAAAUGUAUAUGGUUCUCAUAUAUCAUCACGUGACUCUGAUGAUGAUUACAACUCAGAGGAUAUUGGCAAAAUGUAUUACGUAUCUCCAGACAAAGGCAACUUUUUUCAAGCUUUGCUUUUUUGCACUUCUGCUGGAAUGGAGUUGGCCACAGUCGAAAACGAAUCCGAAACAGCUGUUUUAAAUAAAACAUUAGAACAUGAAGACAAAUUAAAAGAGGGGUGGAAAAAUGGCUAUUGGUUGUCCGGAUCGAGUCUGGCCUAUCCCGAAACCCUGGAGUUUUACUGGACUUCGACAGGACAAAAAAUGAUCUACACCAACUGGGCGAAAUCUGAACCUGACAACGCGAAAAAGGAGCAGUUCUGCGUGGCAGCUGCGCUUAUUAAAAAUAAAAUCGUCUGGGGCGACAACGAGUGCAAGAAUGUCAUGAAAUACAUUUGUCAAACGAAACGUUCCUGCUGUAAUAAUUAGCAUUUUAAAUAAUGUGUUAUUAGCUUAGUUCAAAGAAUAUACCUAGCUAGAAAAAGAAUGGACUCUGCCAUACUGAAAAAUGGUCCUACAGAAGUGGCGCCAUCUAUUGAGUAGGGCUUGUUUUAAAUUGAUCGAAGCGCGGGCUUUUUAAAUGAACGUAUUUAUUAAAUUUUACUCUA